UCGGAUCGGUAAAGUAGAUUUCUUUUUUGAUAGUAGAUUUUUUCAUCCGUUCCAAGUUCAUUUUUCAUCUCAAGUUAUCAAAAAAUGGGUUUUGGCGAUUAUCCGGUAGAAUACAAUCCCAAAACUCACGGCCCAUACGACCCAGCACGUUACUAUGGGAAAGCUGAUACGCCACUUGCUCAAGUAAAACUAGGAGAACUUACCGGAUGGCUGGGUCGUCGUAACAAGUCUCCACGUGCCAUGGUGGCGUGUGUCAGCCGAGCAUUUUGGAGAUGGCAGCAUAAGUAUGUUCAACCGAAACGGGGUGGAAUUGCUCCAGUGUUUCAAGUGAUCUUUGGUUCUAUGGCGCUCUUCUACAUUUUGAAUUAUCGUCGAAUAAGCCACCACAAAAAUUACAAAUACCAUUAAUCGUUUCUGAAAUUGGAGUAGUAAAUGCAACGCAAUGAAUUCAUAGUUAAUAUAAUUGCAGUUUGUUCAUGUAAUUUGUCGUCUUGUAAUCUGAGACGUCCUCGUAAUAAAUUUCAUUAAUGUAC